AUGGCUUUCAAAAUAUCUCGUGUCCAACGACUAAGCGCUGUGCUUGGCAUAUCGCUAUGUUUCUUUAUAGCUGAAAUAUCCGUUGGAUUCUACACGCACUCCCUCGCUCUAAUCGCCGAUGCUUUUCACUAUCUUAAUGAUCUUGUGGGAUUUGCAAUUGCCCUUGCUGCGACCAUAAUCGCGGAGAAAGGCACACCACCAAAGACUCUCACGUUUGGUUGGCAACGCAUUCAGCUACUAGGUGCCUUCUUCAACGGAGUUCUCUUAUUUGGUCUAGGCAUCAGUGUUUUUCUGCAGUCCAUUGAGCGAUUCGCGUUGAAGAGCCAAAGCUGGUGCUCAUCAUGGGAUGUGUGGGUUUUGGUCUUAAUCUUCUCAGCAUAUUAUUUCUUCACGUCGUUACUAACGAUUAUCAUAGACCAUAGCCACGGACAUGGACAUGGGCACGAUCAUGGUCACAGCCACAGCCACGAAGCACAUACCCAUACCACCGAGGAUCCGAUAGCUCUUGGACCAGUAGCGGUAGACGAGAAGCACAUUCAUCAUAAACACCACACAAAUACCAAGACCACCGACGGAAAACAUAGAGACCUGGCAAUGAUGGGGGUCCUGAUUCAUGUCAUUGGAGACUGCGCAAACAACGUCGGUGUCAUCAUAGCGGCGGCAGUAAUCUGGUUCGCCAACUAUGGUGGAAGAUUCUAUGCCGAUCCCGCCGUGAGCAUGGGUAUUGCGAUUAUGAUUUUCAUAUCUUCCAUUCCACUGAGUAUGCAGACAUGUCCUCCUAUCUCCCGCCCAUUGACAGAAUGCUUACCGCAUACAGUUAAACAAUCCGGUCUUAUCCUUCUCCAGAGUGCACCACAAGGAGUUGAUCAUGAUGAUGUGAAGCAUGAUUUGGAAAAGAUUCCUGGGAUCCUCGCCAUCCACGAGCUACAUAUCUGGCGCCUCAAUCAAGAAAAGGCUCUUGCCUCUGCACAUGUCGUUCUAGAUGGUGACCUUAUGCCUAAUUUUGAGAGCCUUGCACAGACGAUUAGGGAAUGUUUCCAUGAAUAUGGCAUUCAUUCUAUUACAUUACAGCCGGAAUCAUAUACUCAGGAAACCAAAAACACUACCAGUGUGUCAGUUGGUAGCAGUACUGGUGUUGAUAUGGCUGGUGUCACUGGUGAUAACUUCAAGAAGCGACAGAGUCUUGAGAGUGCUUUGAAUCAGUGUAAAUCGGGGUGUGGCAGUUUUUGUCUGGAGUUUACAUGUUGUCAAUGA